AUGUCAAAAACAAUCCGUCAAAAAAUCUCUCAUGCCAUUCACACAACAUUCCGAUCAUCACCGAAGCCCAAGCAAAGUAAAAUCAUGUCGUGUUGUUCGAUAAAAAAACCUGAUGAUUAUGAAUAUAUUCCAUAUGAAUUUAAACAAACAUCAUCAAAGAAUGAUUAUAUCGAUUUGAGCGAAUGUCAUUCGUGGUUAAGAUCACAGUCGAGAGAUUCAGGUUACUCGUACGACCGACCAUUGGAAUCAACGAGGAUCUCCACCACGGAUUCAGCUUCUCUGGCGACCUUAUCAGAAAUAAGUUCAAUACGGUCGGAGUCGAUUCCAACGUCAUUCGAAUGUUGUCACUGCCAUUGCCAUCACCACGUGAAUAAUAUUGUCAACAAACCAGUAAAAUACCAACGAUCGAUGACGAAACACAAGAUUUAUCCGUUUAUUCUUUGA